UCAUAGCUUGAUCGAAUUUGGCUUGGUAGGUGGUUGCCUGUUCGUGACCCCUAUCGCCCAUACGAGGUUUGCUUCGGGAGGCCAAUGGCUCAGUGUGCGCCCAUUCCUGAGUGAAUAAAUACCUGAUCUGCAACGACAGAGAAUGACAGGUAGCGAGGCACUGGUGAAGUUCGGUUCGAUGAAGUGCUUAUGACCCAUCUGGUAGACCCUAGUGGUAGACCAACUGCGCCAGGUGUGUCUGUGCGCAGGUUUGUGUUUCUGGUCCCAGCUGCUGGUGGUCAGGGUUAUGAUUGGCCAGAUGAGGAGGUAAAAUAUGCCCGAAAAAGUUCAACACCUCCAAUUUGGAGCCAAUCUCCUUUUGAAAGACAAUGAACCGGUGCGCACGUACUUGAAUGGAGGACACAAGAGGUUCUACUAGGUGGACACUUCAAAGCGAACUAAACUCUUCCAACUGGAAGAACGAAAGUGCCGAAAAAUGAGGGAAAGGGGGGGGGGAGGCAGGCGAAAGGGGCGGCGCAAUGGUUGAAGGCGUAGCGCAGGGGCGGGGAGGGCAUGCAGAAAGCUAGCGGUGCAGUCCAAAAGGCACAACAAAACCACAAGAACACACAAACACUGUGGCAAACAGAGGUAUGUACCACGACAGUGUAGGCAUCCUUAAGAAAGGAAAACGCAGGGAUGGUUAGAAAGAGGACAUCAGUAAUCAUCAGCAAAAACGGACAAAUCCUAGCAAGAAGCAUAAUGACGGAAGCAGGUGGAUGAGACACCUUCUACUGGGUUCCAUUCAAGCAAGUAAGUUCGAUAGGUUGAGCCCUUGAAAUUAAACUAAACAUGAAAUCAAAAAAGUACAGCGAUCUGAAGGUGAGGGAGGGGCAGGUAGGUUAUAGAUCUACAUAUUUGAGUAAAUAAAAAAGGACACUCUGUGAAGGGCGAACUCCGCAAGAAUCCACAAUGCUCUUGAGGACAUUUCAAGUGCACUUCCACAAACCUCCCAUUCAUUUGACUGGACCAAGUGCUUCGCUUGUGAAUUAGUCAAGCAAAGUAUAAUCCUUCCCUUACGCUAACAUUGCUUCACUUACAUCUGUUGUUGCUGCUGCUUUUACUGCUGCUACUACUAACUACUACUACUACUACUACUACUACUGCUACUACUACUACUACUAUUACUGCUGCUACUACUACGACUACUACUACUACUACUACUACUACUGCUACUACUACUACUACUACUACUACUACUACUACUACUGCUACUACUACCACUACUACCAAUGCUACUACUAUUACUACUAUGCUGUACGGUAACCACUUUGUAAUUCCACCUAAGCAAUUCUCCCUUACCAAAAGUAGAUUUCAGAAUUUCGGUUAACAUUUCAUGAGAUCGUUCGCUGACUGUAAUUUCGCAGCCAAACGGUAGAGCAUAAGUUCGAUGACCGACUGAUCCCGAGUUCGAAAUCUGCUGACAUCCGCAGUCGGGCUAGAUUCGUGAACGAGGCUCUCACGUGAACCUGAACCAUUUCACACAUGCACACACACGCACACACACACUCUUCAUCACCCACCUGCGCAUCUCUUCCUGGACCAACCGCUACCACAUUGCGCAUGUGUGCGGAAAAAAUGACGUCACCAAAAUAUAAGCCCAUCUGACCUCAUUAAGUCUCACGACCUCUCCUGGUCAGCUGAUAAGAGGCUCGACGAAAAAAAAUUACAAUAAAACUAGGCAAUUUAUGCAGAGGCAAGCUAAUUUGCGCCGUAACUGACGGCGUAGUGAAAAUACCUCGUAAACAAUCCGGGCGAUUGUUAGGUGCCCAACCGCAAAAACUGUUUAUUCCAAAAAUGCUGAGUGACAGCGGGAGUUAACGUGAAGAAAUGCGCAGAUAAGUCCAUCAUAACUGUUUUUUUAAAAAAAAUAAGUGCAGGCGGAUGCACUUUCUACAUCUUCGUGUUCAUUAACCGAGUGCAUGAGGCGUUGGCAGUAUCCCCAGACGAUAAAGAAUGAGUGACAUCACUCAAUAAAGGAGAAAAUACUUCCCUAGGUGAGGUCUAACGACAAAUAUGUAAAAAGGCCUCCUGCUGGUUGUCGGUUGAGAACCUUCCUGGCUGGCUGCAGGAUUGGAUGCUUUUCGAUGACCUUUAGAGCAAGCGGGCUAUGUAAUAAAGCUUUGCUUUUCCGGCAAACUGGGUGCAGUGACAGGAGACGUCGAAUGUAGCCUUACUGACGUUUACUGGGAUGAGCGCGCUACUGGAACACCGAGUGCUUCAGCGGCUUGACAGUUCGACCGUCGUGGGCGAUGACGCUCAACGCGUGUCCCCCGAAGUGGUGGGAGCAGCAUUCGUAACUUGCGCAGCAUUUACCGCAGUCUGGGCUCAUGCGGCGAGCGCCGGGUAUUUCCAAGACCACUACCUACUUGUCUGACGCAGGGCACUGACACCAAUCUCUGCGCACUUACACGUCGUAGUCAGACUACGUCAUGACGGCGUGGGAGGGGAAAACGAGACAGGUCGCGGUGGCUGAUCUCCCUGAGAGGCCCGCUUUACGAGGGACAAAACACGGCUGGCUAAAAUCUCUGCCUACAGGACCAGGCCCCGCGAGGGCACGCGUGUCCACACACAUGACAGCUUCGCUAGAGGAGGAACGUCAGCUGCCCUAGCCAUCAUUAAAAUCGGUUUCGCGGUCAUGGUAGCAAGACCGCCGUUGCCCACGUUGUCUACCGUGUGCUUCACAGCAAGGUGGCAGCAGGCACGGUGACUUGCGCGUGACUCCCUCUAUAGUGAUGCCAGCUCGAAGGGCGGCUUUCGCGGAUUGUGGCCCACUGUCAGGCAAGGGCCAUUUUCAGAUGAUCAUAAUUUUUGGAAGAUGUUAACUUCCUUGGGGGGAUAACUUCUCCGGUAGCCCACAAACAACUUUUCCAUGGUGACGUGAUGCGAAUCUGAAGCAAUUUAGAGAGUUCUGCCAUUGCAGAGCAGUGCAAACCUUUUUGGAAGGAGUGAGCAAUCAGAGCCUAUGUGCUACCUCAGGUAGUUCAUAUUUUCAGAUCAGCGCAUCUUUUUCAAGUGCAACCAAUCAAAGAUGCCCUUUCCAUUUCGACUGAUCGUUAUUUUGUUAGGAAAUUUGCAGUGGACUGUGAGUUCUGAGGAAUUAUAAGCCGCGUAGACAGUCCAAAUCAUUGAAAUAGCGAUGACCGUCGUGUGGAUGUCCACUGUUUGUUCCACAUGAAGGUGAGACAGGCGCGGUAACUGGCACGGCAAUUAGUGUAUGAGGGGGGGGGUAGAUGUGCACAGCGCCUACCGCACUAUCUCCUCCCACCUGGACUCGACGUUAAGACAUAGUCAAGAAGACCGGAGGCGGGAGUGAGCGCAGGUGGUUGGCGUGGACAGAACCGCGCCUAGGAGUGCCACCACACCGCCUGGCCCAAAACAAAUGCUUGGCCGGGAUUUAAACCAACGACAACAGCACCGCAACGGGCAGGAAAGACGACGAGGACGACUAGGCAACCAUGCACACGACCUGUAUACCCAACAGGUGCGCAAGCGCAUCUACCAGCAGAGAACCAGGUGCCUAGGCUGCGAGGGCCAUGCUUUGCUGAACCAUGGCAGAGCAGACACUCACAAUCCUUUUGUGGUUAUAAAGGCUGGCUGAGUGACAGAUGUGGAAACAGUCGAAUGGCCAGCACAGCAUAUGGUGGGACUAAGUAUCGAGCGAAGUGCACCCCUUACCUUGACAGCAGGCACACUCCGACCAUCCGGUAGAGUAGGGUGCGCAAGAGCGGGGAACAAGAGAAAGCGAGCUCAACUCGGAAGCCGCUAGUGAGGAUAAAGUGGCGGCACCCCGUGGUGGACAGAUUAGUGCGAUAAGAAGCUUUUGGAGCCUGAGGAGGGGAGUGAUUGCGCAACGUGCUUACAAAAUAGAGAACGAGGCGUGGCGAGCCAGACGCGUCAGGGUGAGUAGGCAAACCAGAAAUCCAUUAAAAGUCCAAAAGAGCUUUCGAAGAAAGAGGGAGAGGGGGAGUCAGGGAAAAGCUGAAAGGCCAUGGAUGGAGACUGCCGCUCCUAGAGGACAGACACGUACUUAGUGGGUGCCGAAACCCAUUAAGAGUUGAUUGACAUUCAGAUGAAAAGGAUGCGAUCGUUAAAAAACGCAUUAUUCGUAGUUGCGUAGGAUCCGCAGGCUUCAUAACUACGAUGAGCUGGGAACCUACUGCUUCUAGGAUAAAUUCAUGAAAGUCGUUCUUUCGGAUAUAUCGAGGACAGACCGGCACCCUUAAAGUUGCUUUAGGGAAAUGUCUCCGCUGAGAUUUUUUUGCAGAAGAAAAUGUUUCGGACUUCGGACUUCAGGUGCACUGUUAACAAACACACGACAUUAUCCAAGCGAGGUCUUGGGGACACAUGAAGCAAAAAUGUAUCAUAUCGUUUCAAAAUUGGAACGCGAGGAGAAAACCGCGGUGGUUUCGACUGGCAGGCGAAAGACGUCUCAUUGAAAACCCAACCCGUUGGCGUGCAUGUACAAACUUCGCGUGAUGUACUGGGAUAACCAGUACUGCACUCACAACACCCAAAACCGCACUUAAACUUGGAAGCAUCCGAAUAGAUUUCGACCAGUGUUUUACGAGCUUAUGUGUCACGCCUGACACAAGGGCUGCCGCGUGCUACAUAGCGGCUACACUCGGGCGCAGACAACCUAUACGCAAACUAGCCGUACUUCGAAAUGGAGGAUGGCAGUAACAGGAAAAAGAGGGAGCUUGACACAGUUACCAGCGUACAUGAAUGGGCAUGGGAUGCAAGGAAAGAUAAAAAUGAAGGAGGCAAAAAACGAUCGCCUAAGGACGACCGCAAUGACCUUACCCGUGAGUAUACUCGGCUGUACUUGUAGGCACGUCGGUGCAAGAGGUCUCUGCAAAAGAGAAAACAGUCUAUAGGUGGCAGAUGCAUGAAGUUGCCCAUGAGCCCGGUGGCGUGGCUCAGAAAUUAAGGCUAUCGGAAAUACAAGCGGCAAACACUCAUCACUGCCGGACACAGUCAAAACAGCACCGGUGUUAAUUAGGUAACUCUUCGGAAUUUCAAAAAUUCAGUAGACUUCGGGCAGAUAUCACAUGACCGAGAAAUAGCACGGCCAGGGUGUCAAGCAUUCAGUUCGAGGUGUCUGCUCGAUGGAAUGACGAUCUUUUACAACCUUUGAAUAUUUGAAAAGAAGUUUUCUGGCUGAAAAGUACUAGAUCGAGGCAUACCCCGGAAUGCACAAUUCCAUGUCCGCUUUGGAGUUCGCUGCAGUCCCUGUAAUGCGAACGACUGCAGAGGCGCGUAACCGAGGAUAAAGUGCAACGACUGGACUCUGAAAUACUACGGUGAGAGCCAGAGUGCAAAGCCAAAGAGAUGCUCAAGUUCUCACCCAGAGGUGCGGAAUCAGUGAGCUGAUGUGGGAAGUUCCUGAGGUCUAGUAAGUCCCACAUGACGUGUACCGCAAAAAGGUGAAUCGCGGAAGAAAAGAUAUGCGGGAGGCUACUGACAGUUCGACCGUCGUCGCCGACGAUACUCACCGUGUGCUCCACAGCAAGGUGAGAGCAGGCAUGGUGACAUGCGCGUGAUUCUUUUAUAAUGAUUGUAGACUUGCGAUGCGCCUACCGCAAUAUGUCCUCCUCCCCCACCUGAGCCUGGUGUUAAGACAUAGUCUAGAAGAGGUCUGCUACAAGCAGCAGCAGCAGCAGCAGCAGCAGCAGCAGCAGCAGCAGCAGCAGCAGUAG